AUGGCUGCCCCGCUACCAAAGAAGGCCCUCGCUGGCCACUGCUCUGUCAUUGACAACAACACUCUAUAUGUCCUGUCGCCGGACUCAUUCCAGGCCCUGCCGCUCGUGGAGAAUGCUACAUGGACUUCGAUGGAUAUGGGAAAAGCAGUGACUGGCCCGACAUGUCUUCGCGCAGUACCGAAUGGAGAUGAUUCACAAGCCGCACUAUACGUGGUAGGCGGCACAUCAGACGACUCAUCAUACGGAGGACUACAACGUUAUAUUUUCUCAAACAAGUCUUGGGAGACUCUCGAUCUGCCGACCGAGGAUAUGAAGGGACGUACGAAUCACGGCGCCGCAUACUUGAACGACUCUUCUUCCAUUCUUGUCUAUGCCGGUUCGCGAACUGACGAUCAAUUGUCAUCGCAAACUUUCGUCAUCUCGACCGAGAAGCCCUUCAAUAUCGAAUCAUUCACAUCCGAGGCGCCUGCCGUUUCUAACCCUAUUUUAUUGCCAUGGGACGAUAGUUCCGCUGUCAUGUUGGGAGGUUCUAAGAGUAACACUGGUAUCUGGGCUUUCAGCAAGAGUAGCAGUUGGACCAGGCUGGAAACUAACCUCACAUCAGCAUUGCCAGACGGUGCAAAGGGCGCCUUGGUCACUGGUGACGACGGCAGUAAAGUCUUGACGGUUUAUGAUGCCACUGCUUCUCCUAACGACGUUACUCAGCUUGUCUUACUGGAUGCUGACGGUCAGCCUGCUAGCAAUGGUCAGACUGUUGGUGAUUUCACAAGCCAACCAUCCUCAAGGAAACGCAAGCGUGACUUGACACUGGACAGCUGGCCUACGUACAACAGUAGCUCAGCCCCUUCAGUAAAGCGAUCGGACUACUCUGUUGCACAGAACGACCAAGGUACUCUUGCCGUUAUUAGUGGCGGCAACGACGACACUCCUGUCAAUGUUUUCAACCAGACUAGCAACUCAUGGGUCAGCAAUGAAGUGCUAUUUGGAGAUAGCCAAAUUCCUUUGACGACAACUUCUGCAUCAACUUCAUCCGCACUUCCUACAUCUACCUCAGCACAAGCCUCCGCCACAUCAUCCGCCGCCGCAAAACCGAAAAACAGCGGUGAUGGUGGAGCCCACACUCGCAAGGUCUUGGGAAUCACUUUGGGUCUUCUGUUCGGUCUUGCUGCAGUACUCAUCAUUGCCCUCCUUCUCGUUAGACGUCGCAAGCAACAGCAAAAGAAGACCAAGUUCAACGAUGACAAGGCUGAUAGAAUGAGCUUCCAAGACAGGGGUGCUUCUUUCAUGAAAGAGGCAGGUGGCGGUGGCGGAGUGAGCGAGGCUCCUCCGCAAUUGCCCAAACCCACCAUUGGUUCAUACGAUCCUCGCAGCUCUUUUGCUAUCCUUGCUGGUAAACUUGGAGCUGAUCGUUUCAGUCAGCGUUUCAGCAAAUACGGUGCGUCUGAAAAGACACCCGUUAAUAGCAGCACCAACCCGUACGCCGAUCUGCAACCUCCCAAGACGGCAUACGGUCACCAAGCCAACGAUUCUUCAAGCUCCUUGGCCAUCAUCUCUGGCAAGUAUGGUAAGAACCACAACAGAAACAAUGGUGAGAAGGGAAGUUUCGAGAGUACUACCAAGCUUGUGCGAUCACCCACCAGCCCGCAGAGCUUUGAUGAUCACAUGGAGAUGGAGUCUAUGAACAGUCAGACACCUCGCCUGCAGUCGGCUCGUGGGCCUGCACCUCCUAUGCCAACCUUGAGAGCCGUUCCCAACCAGAAUAAGGAAGAUGACAUGCAGACAAAACGCAGCUCAGGCUGGUCAAGAUACUUUGCCAACCAGAGCGACGGUGGUGCUUACGACCCCGCUGCACAACACUCACCCAACCUCACUGCAUCACCUGACCUCAGUGUUUCGGACUACACACCAUCACGUGGCCCUUCACAACUCGUACGCAACCCUUCAGCUAUGGUGGCACCGCUCGAUGUGGAGCCUAAGGGGCACUUGCAUCCUGCUGAUGCACACCAGCACCGCCUGUCGGUCGUUGGUAUGGGCAGACCCAGCUUUAGUCACAGUGUCGAGGAUUUCUCCGCUAGAGGCCAGAGCUUCGAUAUGGUUGAAGGUCAGCGUGCUGACUUCCACACUGGUCAAAGUUUGGAAAGCCAAGGCUACCUCGGCGAUGCUCGCGAGUCGUUUGCUUCGUCCAGACGUCACUCUUCGAGCAGCGUAGCAUCAUCACAAUUCUUCUCGCAUCAUGAUGAAUGGACUCCCGUCAACGGUGACGCAACAAUCGCAACCGCCCACGCAACCAACACAGCGCAAGGCGUCAACAGAAAAGCACCAAACUCACCCGCAGUAAAGGAAGUCCACAUCCCACCGUCGCCUGCCGUUUCAGCAUCUGCUUUCCCUCGCCCUCCAUCCAGCGCCUACACUUCAGAUCCAGACCGUGAUAGCCGCAUGACUGGGUUCGAGGCUCCCAACGCUCUCGGCCGCGCCCUCAGCCCACCUGCCGCCGUCGCUAUCCCUGGCCCCGCUGCUCGCGGUAACAGUGGUGGUGGUUUCUUCCCUGGCAGCGGCACACGCGCCAUGCACGAUCGCCCUGCCCCUAACCCAGGUCUCGCCGGCUCCGCCCGCAAGAUCGGCGCUCUCCACCCGGGUACCCUCGCCGCUCUCCGCUUCACCCCCGAGCGCGCGGCACCCCAGCCUCCUGUCGCUCAAUCCGGCCUCGGCAUCCACAAUCCCGACGAGAACAGAGAUUCCAGCGCCACCAUCUGGCCCUCUGCCACCGGCGCCAUGACGCAAAGGGAUCGCGAAGAGGCGUUUAGACAACGACUCGAGGCCGAGAGGAUGGAGAAGGAAAGAUUGGAUAGGCAAGGAGCUGGUGCUAGAAAGACACAGGCCAGUGAUAUCAGUUGGGUGGACAUUGGACAGAACUAG